CUGAACCGCAAUAGUUCUACGAACGCAUGACGAGGACACGUGCGUCUGUUCAACGCGAGAGCUGUAGGUUAGAAAACGUACAUUUGAGUAACUAAGUGGGUUGCAUGCGUAAUUUUGAUUUGAAAAUGACCGAAAACGAUAACUUGAGAAACGUAGUAAAACUUGAAAUUCAGUCUCUGUUAUGCACCGAGAAGGCAGCUAUACCGUCAAAUCGGUUAUACGGGCUUUAUAAAUCUGAAAUUGGUAAUCCCAUACCAUAUGUUAAACUGGGCUAUAAAUGCAUGGAUGACCUUUUGAAAAGCAUGCCUGAUGUAGUGUCUUCCUAUACCAAUGCUAUGGAUGGCUUGCUCUAUGUGAAAGCUGUACCACUAGAAGGUUCAUCACACAUUAAUGAACUUGUCCGUGGACAAAGAACAAGUAAACCAAAGAAUAAAAAGGGCGGUGGCUAUUCAUUGAAUAGCAAAAUCAGAGGAUUCAGGGUUUCCUCUCAAGUUGCCCCUAAUCGCAACUUCAAUAGAAAUUACAACAGCUUAAAGCCUCAUGAAAGAUAUGACAGCAACAAAACAGGAAACUUGAUUAGGCCACCCUCAUAUGCUAUCCCUGAUAAUUGUUCCAAUUGGCCUCCUCGGAUUAGGCAGCUAAAUCAACAAACUGGUUUGCUUGGGGCAUAUACAUCAAAUAUUAAGUUGGAGAAACCAAACGUUUCCAACUACAAUCAUACAGGCUUCUUUCAGUCAGUGCCACAUGUUUCUUCCAAAAACAAUUACAAUAUGAAUCAACUCUUCAUGCAACAACCAAACUUUGUGGAAAGCAAUUCUGUUGCUGUGCCAUUGAGUUUUAUUUGGAAUUCCACCUCGGUAAAGAAACUCCAAGUAGUGCCUGAUCGGACUCGUAUGACUCCUCAGUUGAUGCAACCUAGAACAACAGUCCCUCAAACUCCUCAGGUGAUGCAACCUAGAACACCAGUACCUCAAACUCUUCAGGUGAUGCAACCUAGAACACCAGUACCUCAAACUCUUCAGGUGAUGCAACCUAGAACACCAGUCCCUCAAACUCCUCAGGUGAUGCAACCUAGGAUACUAGUCCCUCAAACUCCUCAGGUGAUGCAACCUCAGACACCAGUCACUCAAACUCAGGCCAACACAACCGAGUCACCUAGUGUUUCAUCAAUUGCAACUGAAGUUGUCUUGACAAAUUCUCCUGUUGUUCGACCAUCUACUAUCGUUCCUGUUCAAAAGUCGCUUGCUAAUUUGAACAUUUCUUUCAAAUCGGAGGAACCCAAAUCUUUGCCAAAGCAGCCUCAACCAUCAAAAAUCAGGCCCAGCAAUUUUCUCCGCCAACUGAAAAUAGAAACAAUUGUUCCAAUAGCUUCCAGGAGAAGCAGAUUGAACCUAAACCUGUCCAGGAAAGCGUCAGAUCUCUGCCUCAGCAGUUCCAGCCGCCAGGCGCAGUCCAACCUCCUGUCCCUCAACGGACAUGCAUCCUGCUUGAAGAAGAGCCAAAACGUGUCCGACCUGCGACCCAGCAGGAACUCCCCAGGCGUCGGUCAGCCAUCUGCCAUUCGUAGCGCAUGCAACCCUGCGGAAGCAGAGCCACCUCGGUUGUUGAAACCAAUGGAACCUCGGCAAAUGAAACCAGCAACGCCUUGCCCAAAGUUACCCGACUUGGUUCAACGAGCGCCUUCCACUGCUCAGAAAGGGAGUCCAGCAGCCAGGGCACCUCGCGUCUUGUUGAAGAAUGCCACUCCAAUCGUCAGUCCUGGUCUUCCAUCCCGACAAUUCGGAUAUCGACCUGAUAACACUUCGGAAUCUGUUCCAGCGGCUUCAUCUUCCAAUUUCACUCCGCCUUUGCCCCUUUCUCCAUCACCUCUCUUGUCCCGACGUAUGCCUUAUCGAUCCGACGAGUUGCAGUCCGUUCAUCGGACAAUUGUAAACGUUCCUCCGAUACCAUCCGUACGGUCAGCUGCUCCAUCGGAGAGACUGGCCGAGUUUUAUUGUGAGCGUCUCAAGACGUUGGUGACGACGUACAAUCUCGGCAAGGUGACUUUGAAUCACAAUCAACUGAAAACGGGCCGAUUUAUUGCUUCGAUUAAAGUGGGCCAAGAGAUGUUCAUUACUUACCCGCAAGAUUUUGAAAAUGUGACUGACGCUUACGAAGAUGCAGCUCGACAGGCCGUCAAACACUUUGAGACCACGCCCGUGUGGAUGCAGCCGGCCAUUAUUGAAUGAAAAAAACACGAGAUUGGAAGAGAAAAAGGAAGAAACACCUCUUGCCGGAUGGAAAUUUACAGGAUAUUUUGGGUCAGGAUUCAAUUUUUACGUUUGUCUUCCCACCCCCCAUGUGUGAUAUCUUUCUGCUGGACAUUCAACGGACACAGUCACACGACAGUUAUAAUUAUAUAGAAACAAGAGAGGCGUAGAACAUCGAAUCCAACAAAGAAAAACAAAAUGGUCAGGCUUAUUGAGUCGCAUCUUAAUAUUUUUUUUUUGUUUUCUUUUUUUCUUUUUGGGAAGGGGCAGGUAUGUGAAGAAACGGAGAGAAAAUCAAAUGUCACGUCGAAAGAGAAGAACAAAACGAACGACAUUGACAUUUGUUGUGUUUAGGUAUCUUUUGUGUUUGUCUUAAAGUUAUUAUUAUUUUUUUUUUUUUUAAGUUUUGUUAGAUACAAAGAAGAGAAUGACACAUA